UUUACAGCGGCUUUGUUCCAAGCGGCCAAGAUGAAGCGAGGAACAAGCGGCUGUGUGCUCGCGCUGGCGGUGGUUGCACUGCUGCUCGGUGGCGGUUACGCCCAGAGUACCUCCUCUGCGGCAGCAACCAGCACCACGACAACACGCGCUCCCUCAGAGGUGGCUGUCGACUUCCGUCGCCCGUCUGCAACGUCCGUGUACGAGUAUGGCUACGUGCGCAAGAAGGAGUCGUUCCGCAUUGCCGAGGAACGGUGCCAGCUCUACUAUGGAGGGCAGCUCGCCUCGAUCCAUUCGCUGGCGGAGCACGACUUCAUCUUCUCGCUGUGGAACGACCGCAGGGUGGAGGUGUGGAUCGGGGGCCAGCGCGAUACAGCCGCGCCAUCGGGGUGGUCGUGGGUCGACGGAACCCCGUUCGACUUUGAGCUGUGGAUGGUUGGCGAGCCCAACAACUACCGCGCCAACGAAGACUGCAUCCGCAUGGGGCACACGACCCAGGGCUUCUUUGGUCUGUGGAACGAUGCGCGCUGCAACCAGCGCCGCAACUACGUGUGCAAGCGCCUUGCCCCGCAGCCCACGAUCCAGCCCCCGUUCCCCACAAGCACCACAACCACAACGAGCUCGGUCAACCUCGUUCCGCCCGGCUUCAUCCUGGACAACGGCUUCGUGCAGAACCCGGCCACGGGCUGCUACUACCUCGUGUACACGCGGCCGCGCUUGUCCUGGUUUGAUGCGCGGCAGGAGUGCAAGCGCCUUGGCGGCCCCAGCGCCGACCUCGCCUCAGUGGAGAGCAUCGAGGAGAACGCGUACAUCGACAGCCUGUUCGAUGCCAUCGGCGCCACGGACCGCCCGCGGUGGAUUGGCGGGUACCGCGACCUGGCCACGGGCAACUUCCUGUGGGCAGACGGCACGCCGUGGGCGUUUACCAACUGGGCUAACGGGGAGCCCAACAACCUGAACAACGGCGAGGACUGCGUGUCAAUGGGCUUCCGUCGGUUCGGCGGCGAGGAGUGGAACGACGCCGACUGCUUGACGCGCCGCCGCUUUGCGUGCAAGGUGUGCCCGCCGUUCCCGGGCGCCACCACCACCGUCGCCGCAACAGCCAGCUCCCAGGCAACCACCACCACAACCACCGCCACAAGCACGGAUUCACAGACCAGCACCACGUUUGAGUCUACAUCCACCUCCGCCGUGGUCAGCACUCCUUGAGAGAGUGCUGAUGUUGCCUCUAGCAGGGGUUGACAGUCCCGUUGUCCUGUUGCUGCCUGGCGGCCAUGGCGUUGUUGUUGUUGUUGUUGUUGUUGUUGUUGUUGUUG